GGGAAACUGUCACAGAUGCAAUGUGUCGCAAACACAUUCACAGCACGGAGGACUUACUAAACUACUGAUACCACAUUACAGUCACGUCUACCUACCUGUGUAUGUCCCUCUUGAUGCUACAAAAAAAUCAUUGGGGGAGCAACACCGUACCAGGGCUCCAAUCAAAAUUCCCCUCGUUUGUCAAAGGAAGAGGAGGUGAAACUCUGAAGAGAUUGGGACUGCCAUAAACUACAGCAACAAAGGGCUGAAUUUCCUGCAGACACCAGUUAUGGAAAUGGGUUCAAUCUCUCCUCCUCCUACAACACACCAGACGAAUAACUCCACCUGUGAUCUAUAUGAGCACGAAGGUUUAGCACAUAUCUUAUUGCCUGUAUUCUACGGCCUUAUUUUCAUAAUAGGAAUGUUUGGAAAUGUACUUGCUCUAAUUGUGGUCAUUAAAAACAGGAAAAAGAUCAACUCUACAACGCUUUACUCAACAAAUCUUGUUGUGUCGGAUAUUCUUUUUACUACUGCUUUGCCUGCCAGAAUCAUAUAUUAUGCAAAGGGAUUUGACUGGCCAUUUGGAGAAGGACUGUGCAAACUCACUGCACUCAUCUUUUACAUCAACACUUAUGCUGCUGUGAACUUCAUGACAUGCUUGAGUAUUGACAGGUUUGUAGCUGUGGUGCACCCACUGCGCACCAGGAUCAGAACUGUGAGAUGUGCCACCUACAUUUGUUGUUCCGUGUGGUUUCUUGUAUUAGCCCAGACUCUCCCAUUGCUUACACAACCUUUGUCACGUAAAGAAGAACAAAGGAACACAUGCAUGGAAUAUCCAAACUUUGAAACAAUACCAAAUCUCCCUUGGAUUCUUCUUGGGGCCUGCUUACUUGGAUAUGUAAUUCCCCUUGGGAUUAUACUAGUCUGUUAUUCUAAAAUUGGCUACAAACUCUAUCAAAAUGCAAAACAAAAUCCACUGGUCGUAAAAUCAGGAACAAACAAAAAGGCUAUUAAUAUGAUUUUCUUCAUCAUUGUGGUCUUCACUGUUUGUCUCACUCCUUACCACGUUGCCAUUAUCAAACACAUGAUUGCAAAGAUUAUGUCCGGAGAGCAAGAUAUUGAAUGCCGAGUUCAAAAACUCUUCCAGAAGACCCUCCACUAUACUGUGUUCCUGAUGAAUUUAAACUGCUGCUUGGAUCCUCUCAUCUAUUUCUUUGCAUGCAGAGGAUACAAACGUACAAUCAUGAGAAUUCUGAGACGUCAAGGAAGCAUAUCGUUAUCAAGUGCUGCUCGAACAGCUCCUGAAGAAAGCUCCCGUGAUAUUGGAGAUUCCAACACGGUUAAUGUUACAACAGCACUAAAUGGAAAACGAUGACCGCCAAGGAACAUGUGCAACAUACCUCAAGUCACUUGAUGUUUGAAAAGUUUGAAACAGCAAAAGGCAUGGACUACUCUCUCUUUUUUUUUAGAAACUCGGUGUUCUGAAUCUCCCAAGAGCAGGGGAGCGAACCACAUACAUCAGCAACAAGAAAAGGAAAAUAAAAUGUCUUGUUUUGUU